AGCAGGGGGCGGUUCACUGUGCAUCACAGGGCCACUUCUGCCUGUAGUAACGAUGGCAGCCAGAGAAAGGCAGAAGAUACAGGGAAUGGGCCGCUGUAACCCACUGUGGGAGGAGUCGGAAAUGGGGUUAUAGAGGAGCAGCAGGAUGAGGAUUUACACUCUAGCGCAGCAGCGAUUUUCUCUCUUGGCCUUGGGGGAGGUAGUAGUGAGGGAGAAGGCGUGCUGUCUGUAGUAAGGGACUUUUGCCAUGCAGUUUGAAAGGGCAGUGAGAAGGGCUAAGUAAGCAAGCAGCUGUGUAGUUUAUACUGAGGAAAGAGGCCAUGUGGUCUGGUCUAAUGAGAAAGGAGAUGCUGCUGACACAUCAGCUCCAGCUGACUGCAGAGCUGCAAAGGACUUCCUUGCAAGAUCCUGAUCUGCUACACCUACCUGGGCUUUACCUGGACUCUCAGGACUUGUGCCUUUUCUGCACAACUACAUGGAGGCUGGCGACAAUGUACCGCACAUCCUGAAGGAGACAGCUGCUGUGUGAGGAUGGCAACUCUGGUACCUUCCAGAGGGACUGGAGAACCGUUUGCACAGCAACUUAAGAUAAGAACCUGAGGAUGCCCUGCCCUGUACCCUGGCAGGGAGCAUGAGAAGUGCUGGGUCUCAUGGAGAAGGAGGGCUCCAAACUGAUGUGCUCUAGGCUCUGUCAAGUUGGACUCUUGUAAAUCAAGACCUGUUUCUGCCAGCUUUAUUUGUUGGGUCAUUCACCAGGGCACCAUAUGGACAAGCCCCAGUCUGCUCGGUAACACUACAUUGUACCAUUGUCUGAUGGAUGUCCACAGAAGACCAGAGUAGAGAGGAAAACCUUAUCUAUGACAUUGUUUUCAAGCACUUCAGAAGACAUAAGAUCGAUAUUGCAAGUGCAAUAAAAAAAGAAUUUCCUUUCCUUGAGGUUCUUCGUGACCGUGAAAUUAUCACCAACAAAAUGUAUGAAGAUUGUCAAGAAUCUUGUAGAAACCUGGUCCCUGUACAGAGAGUUGUGUACAAUGUUCUCAGUCAACUGGAGGAGAAAUUUGACCUGCCACUUCUGGAAGCAUUGUUCAGCGACAUCAACAAACAGGAAUACCCUGAAUUAAACAAUGUUUAUAAAAGCUUUGAAAAUGCAAUCCACGAGAAACUUUGUCAACAAGAGAGUGAUGAAGAAGAGACUUUGGAGAACCAUAACAACCACUUGAGCCUUGGACAAGGACCUGGUGAGCACUCAUACCCAAGCCUGUCCUGGAACAGCCCACGUCCCUCGAAUCACAAUGGUACAGCCCCACCUGAAAAUGGACUCUCAGAGCACCUCUCUGAAACAGAACAGAUAAAUGUGAAGAGAAAAGGCACAACCAAUGACAACAAUGUACCUGAAAAUCAGCAAGCAAAUGAACGAUGUGCCCAAGAGUCUGAGCCAGCAGAAUUCUAUGAACAAGUACCCAUGGAAGGGAAUAAUGGUGAUGCAAGAGGCAAGACACCCAGCCCAUUGCCCCAUAGUGAAGAAGGAGCAGAGUUACCCAACCAUAGAAUCCAACUAAAUUCCUGUUCUGUAUAUCUGGUGGAUAUAAAGAAGGAAAAGCCAUUUUUUAAUUCAGGACUUGAAAAGCAAACCCAAACGAGGACUAAGUGUAACUCCGCACUUGACGUAAUAGUGAUCAGCAGUGAUGACUCCACAGAAUUCAGUGAUGGAGACGAGCCUCCGGAAGCUUCCACCUCAGCAGCAGCAAGGGAACCUGAGAGAGGAAGGAAUAAAGAGAAAGACAGAAACACUGAUGUGAGAAACAUCGAUCAGUUGCCUCCUGUAUGCACAACUGGGAAUCAAACCCACAGUCUAGAGCCCGUGGAUUUCAGAAAAUCACCUAUAUGCAGAAAAAGACUUUGGGAAAGUGAGAGAAGUCAUGAAGGAUUUUCGGGGUCCAGCGCGGAUGAGGCGCCCCCCAGAGUGUGGAGCCCCGCACUGAGAAGUGAUUCUGAUGAGGAGGAUUUUCUGGAUUUUGGAAACCAGUCUACUUGUGAGAUGAGCAAUAAGAAAAGACGGAUCAGCACUGAGCACUCUUCAAAACUGAGUAGUGAAGAAGAGCCUCAGGAAACUUUUAGCUCAGCUCUAAGAAGUUGGUCAGGAGCAGAGCUCCAAGGACUUGGAAAUGAGAAGAGUUCCCGUGUCAUGUGUUUAUCAAAAGGUGUUCCAAGAAGCCAAGAAGCAAGGACUGAAAAUAGCCAAGCAUCUGAUAUGGAUAUCAUGGAUAUUGGAAAAAAUUCUACUUUGGAAAAACACAGUGGAAAAAGAAGAGAAAAGAGAAGACACAUAGAUAAAAUUAAUAAUUUUCUAAAAGGGAAAAACAGAAGCACACAUAGACUUCAAGCUCUGAGUUACAGAGUCUCAAGGAUAAGAAGCAAACCAAAAGGGAUAAAAGCAGUCAAAACUGGACCUUUGAAAAGAUGCAGAAAAAGAGUUCCAAGAAUUCCCAGAGAUACAAAUAUGGAUUUUCGGCCUCCUCAACUUCCUGUCACCUGUGGUCGGGCGAAGGGGAUUUUAUAUAAGGAGGUAAUGAAACAAGGAAUCUCAGCGAAGUGUGUAGAGAUGGAGGAUGGAAAGCAGCUCACCCUCAAGGAGUUUGAAAUCAAAGGGAACCAUGAAAAAUCCAAGAACUGGAGGCUGAGCGUGCGCUGCGGCGGCUGGCCCCUGAAGGUCCUGAUUCAGGAAGGACAUCUACCAGAUCCACCAAGGACAAGAAAAAAGAUGAUACCAGAGUCUCACAGAGAUGACUUUAUUGACCCAUAUCCGGAAAACUCCAAUGAAUGUGAGGUGUGUUGUAAAAAAGGAAAGCUGUUCUGCUGUGAUACUUGUCCGAGGUCCUUUCAUAACAAAUGCCACAUCUGUCAUAUUGAUCCUGACAGGAACCCAUGGAGUUGCAUCUUCUGCCAGAUAAAAGCUAUUCCAAAAAAUUGCCCAGAAAAUCAGCCAUGUCAUCAAGAAUCAGAGGUCCUGGAGAGGCAGAUGCUGAGUGAGGAGAAGUUGAAGUGUGAAUUCCUCCUCUUGAAGGUCUACUCCUGUCCAGAAAGUCCCUUUUUUGCCUCAAAACCAUACUAUAGUAAACAGGCACUUCAGGGCUUGCAGAAGUGCAUGUGGUUAGACAAAAUCAGGAAAAAGCUGACUUGGAAGGUAUACGGCCAAGUGAAAGACUUUGUGCAGGACAUGCGCCUCAUCUUUCAGAACCACAGGACAUUUUACAGGGACCAUAAAUUCAUCAGGCUGGGACUUCAACUAGAGGCCAAAUUUGAGGACAAUUUCAAAAAUGUUUUUGCAGUUCAGGAAAUCAGCGAGAACAGCUCUCAGCCUGAGCCCGUCAUUGCCUAAUGCUGUCGGUUUUUGCUUCCGUCUCCAGAGCCUCCAGCAGGACUCGGCCAAGUAACCAGGGCCCCAGGCCACCAGCUGAUGUGCAAACAUCAUGUCACACUUCUUAUUUCACACUUUUUUUGUCACCAUUUCUGUUCAUUUAUUUUUCUAAAUA